AUGGGUCAGCUCUUCUCUGAUACAUCUAAGAAUGAAGACAAUGGAGAUUUGGUGUCCAGCUUCAAAACAUAUUUUAAAAACUUUAAGAUAGAAAACAAAAUCAUUUCUCAGGAAACCAUCAAUUUAAUAGAGUCAUACCUGAACAAAGGAAACCUUCAUGAGGCAAACUCUUUAAUCUGUGAUGCAUUAAAAAAUAUUGAUAAUGCCCCAAUAAAUAUUGCUGUGACAGGAGAGUCUGGAGGAGGGAAAUCCAGCUUCAUCAAUGCCUUGUUAGGGAUUGGACCUGAAGAUGAAGGUGCAGCUCAAGUUGGGGUAAUAGAGACAACUAUGAAGAGAACUUCUUAUAAACAUCCCAAAAUUAAAACUUUGACCGUAUGGGACCUGCCUGGUAUUGGAACUCAGAAAUUCCCACCAAAAACUUAUUUGGAGGAAGUGAAAUUCAAAGAAUAUGAUUUCUUCGUUAUUGUUUCUGCCACACGUUUUACAAAACUUGAACUAGAGCUCGCCAAAGCAAUCGAAAUUAUGAAAAAGAACUACUACUUUGUGAGAACCAAGGUGGAUUUUGAUUUAGACAGUGAAAAGAAAACCAAACCACGUACUUUUGAGAGAGAAAAGAUCCUGAAACUGAUCCGAAGCAAUUCUGUGAAUAACUUUAGGGAAAAUAACAUGACUGUUCCGCAGAUUUUCUUGGUGUCUAACUAUGAUUUAUCUGACUAUGAUUUUCCAGUCCUGAUGGACACUCUGAUUAAGGAUCUCAGUGCUCAAAAGCGCCACAAUUUUAUGCUUUCCCUGCCUGACAUUACAGAGGCAGCCAUUGACAGAAAGCACAAGGCUACACAGCAGUUUAUCUGGCUAGAAGCAUUCAAGGCUGGAGUCUUGGCAACUUUUCCCAUCGUGGGCAUCCUCACGGAUAAUGAUGUGGAGAAGCUGACAGAGAAGUUAAACCACUAUCGAAAACUCUUUGGAGUGGAUGAUGAAUCCCUGGAGAUACUGGCUAAGGAUUGCAAAGUGUCUGUUGAAAAAGUAAAAGAAAUAAUUAAGUCUCCUCAUUUGUUGAAGACUAACAGAGAGGAGACAUUAGGAGAAACGCUUUUGAAAUGUUUAGAGAUUUUUGCAUCAGCUAAUGGUGGGCUCCUUGCUACAGGUCUUUAUUUCAGGAAAACAUUCUAUUUACAAUUUUAUUUCCUUGAUACAGUGACUGAAGAUGCCAAAGUUCUCCUUCGAUGGGCAUAUUCAAAAAAAUAGUUCAAACUGAACUUAUCAAUAGCUUCUGACCCUGACAACAUCAAGUGGUCAAUACCAGGAAAUCACUAGGGAAAUUCCUCCUCUGAUAUCUUUUUUGUACAGCCGAUCCACUACCACCAUGGGAAAAAAAGAGGAUAAAGACAAUGCGUCUUAAUAGAUCAGAACUUGGAAAUCUCCAAUCCUUCUUCAAUUCUUUAAUUUCCCCCAUAUCUUUUUUCUUUUACCUACACAUACAUACUUGAAUACAUACACAUAUGCACAUAUACACACAUAUGCACGCACAAAAACAUACCAGCAAACAUUCAAAUGCUUACACACAAAAGAUACAAUAUGUGUUUUGUAGUCAUUUUCUCCUAAUCAAAACAUCCUUAUAAACAUUCAGGAAGCUGGGGUCUCUAUGCUCAAUACAUAAAACACAUGGCAUGUUUGGUGGUUUUAAUCUGUAUGGCCCCCAUAAACUCAUUUGUUUGAAUGCUUGACCCACAGGGAGAGGCACUAUUAGGAGGUAUAGCCUUGUUACAAUAGGUGUUGACAUUUUUGGGGAAGUGGUGUAUUUAAGGUCUCAGAUGUUUAACCUAUACCCAGUUUUGUACACAGCCUCCUUCUGCUGCCAGCAAAUCAAGAUGUAGACAUCUCAGCUUCUCCAGACCCAUAUCUGCCUGCACACUGCCAUGCUUCCUACCAUGAUGAAAAUGGAAUAAACCUCUGAACUGUGAGCCAGCCCCAAUUAAAUAUUUUUCCUUUAUAAGGGUUGCCUUGGUCAUGGUGUCUCUUCACAGCAAUAGAAACCCAAAGACAGCAACUGUUACCAGGGACCUGGGUAUUGCUGUGAGAGGCCAGACAAUGUUUUCAUUUGGAGGAAAAUGGACUUUGGGACUUUGUUUUAGGAAAGCAGUAGAAGGCUCUAAGAGCUAUUUAAUGGGCCAUACUUCCAGGCACUCAGGUGAC